UCAGUAUUCAAUAGGACUUGGGAGUAAUACUGUAUAAUUCACUACACCCCUUUCAUUUCUGCCCGCCGCUUUCUUUUCCCAACAAUGGAGGAUACUCCGUCCUACUACGGUCUUCCACCUCCUCCAUCCGAAAUUCAUCCCUCCAUUUACAACCAUCAAUACCUUCACCCUCCUCCCUCGCAACCUUCACCCCCACCAGUUGCACUGCAUCAUUCUCAAUCUCACCAUUUUCCUCCGCCAUCUCUUCACCAUCAUCCUCCUUCUUUCUCUCGCCAUCAUCUACCACCACCGCCCUCUCAGUCUCUUGAAAAUGAACUUCGCACCCUUUUUGUCGCCGGACUUCCUGAAGAUGUUAAACCUCGCGAAAUCUACAAUCUGUUUCGUGAUUUUGAUGGUUAUUUAUCUUCUAAUCUGCGCUCCCCUUCCAAAAAUUCUCAGCCAUUUGCUUUUGCUGUGUUCUCAGAUCAACAUUCUGCAGUUACUGCAAUGCAUGCAUUGAAUGGCAUGGUGUUCGAUCUAGAAAAAGGCUCAACCUUAUACAUUGAUCUUGCAAAGUCUAAUUCACGAUCGAAACGUCAGAGGGCAGAUGAUGAAGGGCCGACUUUUGAUAAAAAGCAUAAGGGAUCUCCUGCUUUUUCAAGAGGCAGUAUUGAGUUAGCAGGUUCUGGCAGCGUUCACAUUCCUGGAAUGGGUAAUUCUGCUUACAACACGAUUGGUUAUCCAUCUGCACAAAGUCAUUGGAGCUAUAAUAGCAGAGGCAUCAGUGAACGGAAUAUUUCUAAAUCUAGUCACAGUUCAGCUUCUCAUGCUUCACAAGAGAACCCUCCAUGUCCGACACUUUUUGUAGCAAAGUUAGCCCCUAAUUGUUCAGAGAAAGAGCUAACAGAAGUUUUUUUAAGAUGUCGAGGAUUCUUAAAGCUGAAGAUUCAAAGCACAUAUGGGCCUCCUGUUGCAUUUGUUGACUUCCGGGAUACUGCCUGUUCAACCGAGGCUUUGAAUCAACUGCAAGGCACGGUUUUAGUCUCAUCUCCACAUGGUGAAGGCUUGCGAUUGGAAUAUGCUAAAUCAAGGAUGGGGAAGCAAAGAAAGCACAAGUAGCUCGAAGUUGAAUCAAACUUGGGUGGUGGAAACGUUUGAAAGAUCUCCUAUUGUAAAACUAUACUUUCUUUUGAAAUAUAGGAUUCAUAAUUUAUUCUCAAGAUUUUGUGUCCAUGAGCUAUAUGUGGCAAAGUUAAAAUCUCUUGUGUUAGCUACAGGAUGGAAAAUGGUACUUGUAAAGAAUAAUCGUCGUCCUUGUUUUACUUGAGUUUGGUCCAGCAAACGAAAAAAAGCUCUUGCAAUGAAGAGAGAGUAUGGUAUACCUUUGUAGUUUGGUUGAUGAAAGGAGAAAAUACUCGUGUGGAGGGUGUGUUUGGAUGGAAGAAAAUGAAGGAAAAAGAAGGGAUUAAGGAAAGGUAUUGGAGGGAUGAGUGAUCUCUUGUAAUAAUAAAAUAGGAGGGAAGAGAUUUGGAGGGGAGAAAUUUGGAGGGAUUGAAUAGAUUUUUUUUGUUAAGAUAUUAAUCUGUUCAGAGUUGAAAAAAUAUGAAGGGAAGUUCUCAUUUCCCUUUCUUUUCC